GUCACGCAAAGGAACGCGCGCACCUACGACUGGAGACUGAUCCGCCAUUUUCUUUUGUUCCCUACGCUUUCGCUCAGAAAGACUCGAAAAACCAAUAUAUUUUGCGCGCAGAAGUAUAGUAGUCGACAUAGUUGUGUUGCAAUUUACUUGUGAUGUCCACAACUAUCGACCAGCAUCGGCCCAAAGAUAAUAACACUAAAGGCUACGUUGGCAAGAACGGCGAAAUUUCCAGUGGAGACAUAGAAAAAUAUCUAAACGCGCAUUCCAAUCAGAAUCAGGAAAAACAUCACCGCGAACUCCAAAUGCCUAGUUCACUCGGCGAUACGUAUUUACCGCCAUUUUACCCGUCAACAACUUCAACUACGGGUCUACCACCGAUGCCUUUCCAGUAUUUGAACACUGGUAUUAGUGACGGGACUUGGUCAUCACCAGGACUUCCAAAUACUUUGUUUCCGUCCAGUGGCUUCAGUGCAGUUGGAAAUGGUGAACAGUUGAUUGAUCAGGGUGUAUUUAGUCACAACAAUGGUGGAGUUGCUGUUUCGUCAACUCCGUAUUUGGGACAAAAUACCUCAACCAACAACAUGUUUUUAAACCAGGGAGGUGCAUUGUAUUUUCCAGGAAGUUCGACUGAUAUUUCUUGGGGAGAGGCUACUCAACAGGCUUCAGGGGGGGCACCCCUCUUGACAAACUUUUACCAGCCACCUCCACCACCUGUUUCUGAACCUCUCGCUGCAAUUGGAGCCGGGAUGAAUUCCUUGAAUGGAAAUGAGUAUACAAGUGAUGGAAUGGAGAAAGCUUUGUCAAAUUUUAGCUUGACUGUUGAUCAUGAUAGUGGAAAUGAUAAGGGAAGCCAAGGAAUGCCCCAAGGACCGAUUAAAGGACAACCUGUACCGGAUAAUAAGCCUAAAUCAUGGGCUGCAAUUGCAAGCCAACCUGCCAAACCAAAACCUAAGCCUCCUCCACAAAAGCCCAAACUUCCAGGCCAAGUUCCGACAAAUGGUGGACCCAACAAGGACUCUACCUCUUGGGGCAAUGUUGCCAAGGCUGGUGCAAAUAAACCAGCUGUUGGGCGUGGACAAAGGCCCCGCACUGGCGGAAAUGCUGGUGCGUCUGGAAAUACUGGACUGUCUUCAAACCCAGGUGAAAGUGUUCCUGUUCUGGACAAACUAAGAUCCAAAAGUAACUACAACCCUAAGGAUUGCCCUUUGUUGAACAAACCUGGUGCUCGCUUUUUUAUCAUCAAGAGCUAUAGCGAGGAUGAUAUACACCGUUCAAUCAAGUAUUGUGUUUGGACCAGCACAGAGCAUGGGAAUCGUCGCCUUAACGAGGCAUUCCGUGAGCAGAGGCAUGGCCCCAUCUAUCUGUUUUUUAGCGUAAAUGGAAGUGGACACUUUUGCGGAAUUGCUCAAAUGAUGUCUGAGGUGAACCUUGACAUUGAAACUGGUAUUUGGUCACAAGAUAAAUGGAAAGGAAAGUUUGAAGUAAAGUGGUACUAUGUGAAAGAUGUGCCCAACAAUGCCUUGCGUCAUAUUCGUCUUGAGAAUAAUGACAAUAAGCCAGUCACUAACUCACGUGACACUCAGGAAGUGCCUCCAGAGAAGGCACGUCAAGUUGUGAAGAUCAUUCACUCCUAUAAGCACCAAACCUCCAUUUUUGAUGACUUUGCACACUAUGAGAAGCGCCAAGACGAGGAAUUCAAAAAGGGAAACAAGAAGGUGACUGGUGUGCGUGAGCCCUGAAUUUUCCAACUCUUGCUGAGCUUGUUUCCUUUCAAUGGACAACACAACCGGACCUAUGUAACAUGGCCAUGAUUUUACAGGAUAAUUUCGUCAUUAUAGACUCCUACUAUGCCCAGUGGAGAACUCGCCACUGUGGUACAUACUAGAAUUUCUCGAUUAUAUGUUAGUGGAUUUGAUUUUACAGACUGAAUUUGAUGCAUUGUGGCUGUUUUUGCAGUCUGCCAGAGAACCGUUUAUUGUAUGGUUGAAGAAUAUGAAUAAAUGUAGCAUCCUUUCUCUGUCAA